AUCUUACUGCAGUGGAGCUCCGACGUGACGCUCUGAUUGCUCCCAGCGGUUGUGGUCAGUACAGUGGAGCGGUGAGGGGUGGGGAAUACAGUGCAAGGAGCAAAGUUAGCUCUCUGCCAGAUGUCGUCAUAGAUCCCGUCAGUAUCAGAAGACUCGUUAUACGGUACAGCUGGGAAUUUACCUGAUAAAACCCAGCCGUCGCCUCAUAGUGGCUUUCAGAAGCAGCAGGAUGUGGCUGUUGUUUCGGUCCUCUUUGUUUCAUGUUCUUUGGCUAAGCGUGAGGGGAUGGGACAUGACUAAAAACACCGUGGAAAGAGAGCAGAUCUUUAGCAGGAACCAGUGUGUUUUGAUUUAAGCGUUCUUGGUGACUGCUCGGCCGUCACACAUCUUUCAUGCAUCAAAAGGUGGAACGUUUUCAGACUUCCAGAUUUCAGACAUGUCUGAAAAGAGAGGAAGGAUCUAGCAUUCACACCUGGCUCUUUAAAAUGAGCCAAGUGGUUUUACAGUCUGAGAGUCUUAAAGUUCAGACCUAUAGUAACUAUUAAGGUCAAACGUAGGCAACUUGAUAGUAUUCAUGGCAACUUUGAGCUCUCACCCUUCACUAAAAAAUAAGCGGACACAAAAAGUUAAACUGUUAAUGCAUGCAUGAAAUAUCCAGUAAGAGACGAAGCUUCUUCUUCAUUUUAGUUCCGUUUUAUUAUCGAAGUGACCUGAACAUAAAACAUGCAGUCGACUAGAGGAGCCACUUCUCGUUAAUUAGGUUAAAGUGGAGCACCGUCUCUCCACUUAGUGUAUGUCAUAGUGUGUGUGUGUGUGUUUUGCCUGUAUGCUUCAUCGCUCUUUAUCACAUGCACAAAUAGAAACCAUCUUUUCCUUCAUACAUCCAGGUUUGAUCCCAUGCAAUAUGGCCUGCGGGUCUCUCCUUGCUAUGAAAAAUUUAUAGCCACGAGAGACCCACCCAUUAAAUUUGAGAAGUAUAAAUGCGACACUAUCAGAUGUUGAAACUUUUUGAAUUUGCUUCCAGAAAGCCCGUCCAACAAAGUUCAGACAGGGAGAGCAAAAGCCUGCAAAGAUUGUGUCAUGUUAAAACAAAACACCGGCCAACAACAUGAAGAAGAUCAUCCCAGUGGAGCUGAGGACGUUACAUGUAAUUGGAGGAGAAGUUCAUCACUGUGGAAGACUUAAGAGGCAUUCACACAACUAUAUAUGGGGAUUAAAUAAAGAUUCAGAUAAUCUGAAUCUUGUAAACUGCCUGUGGAUGGUUUUGAUAUUCAGGCUGUUUACAGGAAAAUCAUUUUAUAGAUCCAGGAGCAUUUUUGAAAACCAUGUCAGUGAAUAGUUGGUUCUUUUAUCGUAAGCGAUGCAAUUCAAACACACUCAGAAACAGUGACACUUACUGUGUGCCUGAGAUUAUUUUUAGGGUUUUUCUUGGCUUACUUGCACAUCUGUGAAGGCAGCAUUAAUGCUGAAUGAUACAUACAUGCUGCAAUUCCACCAGCAUGCUUUUCAAGACAAUACCAAGAUAUUGUCCAUGUGCUCAGUUUGCCUGCCUGCAACCCAAACCUGUUACUCAUUAGCAGAAUUUGACGACUUAUUUAAAAAAUCUAUACCAGAGGAGUCCCCAAACUCUUGAGUAUUUAUUUGCUUUAAAGAUUACACCUCUCUUCCCAAGCAAUCCCAGAAUUCUGUUAAAAGAAGAGGUGAUGUGCACGUUUUUGGAACGCGAGUUGUAAAACAGGGCAAAAAUCCAUAGGAUAGAUUAUUCUCAACACUCACUCACACAUCUCUUAGUGUGUUUAAUCAUUUGUCAGCAGACUGUCUGUUAAUGGAUUCAUUUCUUAGCCUUUAAUUAGCUUGAUUGAGCAAAGAAGUGACAUUUUUGUGGUUUAGCCUCCAGCCGUGCAGUCUGGACUGUCGUCGUUUAUGUGCUGCGUUAUUUAAAUGAAACAAUAGAGGAGGUAUUUAGAGUGCGUCUCUGCGUAAAUACGCGCCUGCGCCGCCGCUGUCUGAGCCCAGAUGUUUAAAUCGUCCUCUCCUGUCUCCUCUCCAUCUGCUCUCUUCAACUUCCUGACUCUUGCUUCUGCUUUAGAUCACUCUCUGUCCUCAUUUUUUAUUCCCUCCAAGUUUCCCCCCCUUUACCCCGGUGUUCGCUCUCCAACAUCUGUCAACGCCCCCACCCUUUCGUGUUCUGCUUCCUGCUCUGUAUCGGGCAUUUUUGUCCACGUAGAUGCUUUGUAGGCCGGCGGGCUGACUCAUGUAUCCCAGCGUUCCCUUGUGGCAGAAGUAGCACAAUAGGCACAUUUUUUUUGUGUUAUAAUUUCCAAAAAAUGGGUUAUAUGAAUGAAUCAUUUUGCCUAUACAUUGAAUUAAUGAAUCAAUUCUUGUGAAAAGGAGCAGAUUGUCACAUUUGGGAGGCUGGAGUCCUAGUCCACCUAGUUAAAUGAUUUAAGAAGUUAUUAUCAGUGCUAAAUGAUUACCUGUGAUUUAGGUCCCUAAUUGAGAUUGUGUUGUUACUAUCAACUUAUCUGAUGUGUUAAGCCAGCCGAAUGAUUGUUGAUUAACACUGCAGUAAAAGAGUGACAUGCUAUAACACUGAAAGCCAAAGAUUCACUGGUUUGGCAGGUUUUGUAAGACUUCCGUUAUGAUACACCACAGCUUCAGAUUUCACGCUGUUGGGCAUCAAUGUUUUUUUACUAUUUUCGGGACUAAACAGACAUUAAUCUUAACCUGGUUAAUUAUAGAAAGAAUCUUUUUGUGGCCUGUUUUUAAAGCAGUGUAAUGUCGGUUCAGAUUAAAAGCUUGACUCAUAUCAGUUAUUACAGACUUCUUGUACAUUAUUAGCUUCAUGGAGCUAAUAAUAUCUUAAGUGUGUGAGUGAGUGGGCGGGAAAAGGUGACUAAAGAGUUGAUAUUUCAGUUCUCAGCCAGCUCACUUGGGCUGAUGUCAUGUGGAGUGCAUGCAUAAUGCAGUGGGUUUAACACAGAAGACGCUUCUUCUGGUUUGCAGAUUUGAGUCAUGCAUUGUUGUUGUUGUUGUUGUUGUUGUAAAAGUCCUCUGGCCAGUCAGGGAGGGUUAGACCACCCCGGUACCACCUCAGCUGUGUGUUGAUUAGAUAUCUGACCCUUGCACGUUUCGUCUCGCUCUGCACCUGCUAUCGUCUCCGAGCUUUGCACAACAGAGACCACAGCAGGUGUGACCUCCCUAAUAUCCAGCCGCAGUCUCCCACCCCGAGCUUAUCCAUUUGUAACUCAUUUACAACCACAAAUCGCAGAUAACGGCUUACAGGUCGGCUUCUUGCACUUCCUCGCCCUGGGCACACACUCAUGCCACCUAUUGUUGUAAAACUUUACAUUUACUUGUAGCUCAUCACCCUUUGCUCUUUCCCCUGCGGCCCAGUGCCCUCUGGGCUUUCCCCCCCACCCAUCUGCUUUUAGACCCUGGGUUGCAGCUGCCCUCUAGUGUCUGCUGUCUGCUCACUACAUCAUGAAUGCUGUUACAAAGGCCUAUAGGUUCCAUGGCAUGGGGAUUUACUGGAGAUUAAAGUUAAAAUUAACCAUCUUAAAACAGCUACAUCCCCUUUUUUCACACAAGCGCUUGCUUUUGUACAAUCCACUUCAGCAGAUUACGCUUAAUGUCUGUCUAGACGGAGAAAUCGACUCCAUGCUGAUGCCAUCUAGAGCCAAUUAUUGAACCGCUACAUGUGAAAUGUGCUCUAAUAAAACUUUUAUUCACUCAUUCUUUUAUUAAAAUAGCCUCAUGUUUCAUAACUGUAGAUUAUAUUUAGUUAAACCUAAGAAAUACUGAGGCACAGAAAAGUUUUUCACAGCCGCUUUGUGAACACUCUUUUAAAUGUUUUCUUAAAGCACAAAGGCAAAAACAAAAGUCCCCAAUUCUUGGUGGGAAAAUGGAAAAGACAAACAGCUUUGUUUAAGGAAAAAGUGUGGCUUUGAUUUGUUUGUUACUCAUCUUGGGGGACCCCCUCGGAGGUUGGUAACCGUGGCGGUGCAUCGGGCAUAUAUUUGUGGUAAAAUCUGAAUCAUUCCUUAGUUUCCAGUGUGAUGACACAGAUAACUCAUGUGGGCUCCUUUAUCGCCUUUCCUGGCACAUGUUGAGUGUGUCACCGGAGUUUGUCUCACCAGAGGCGACGGGAUUUUCCUCAAGGGUUUCCAGACGUCAGAUUAUAAUGAUAUUAAAGUUCUUUAUCUAUGUAUUGUCUUUGUUGUGUCAGUCAUUGUAAGCAUCAAACCCCGUCUGUCCUUUUCUGACCCUUUUUGUGCCUUUUCUUGCAGCCUGUGUUUAGAGAAGACACCCUACGGUUGUGUCUGCAGCGCGGUUUGUUAGCGACAGGCCAACCAAGCGCUCAGUCAGCACUCUGAAUGGCUUCACUCUGCUCUUUCUUGCCUUUUUUCUCCUCAUCACAGCUCUGUUUUGUAGAUGCAGCAGAGAAGAGACAGACUUUUGUUUUGCCUUGCGAGGAAGCUGGAAGUGGGGAAAACAAAAAGGGUAGGGAGGCCACUGUGUGUUAAUCGGUUGGCUCACUGUCAUGAUCCGACUAUGAGAGGGAUUAAAACAUAUCGCCAGACUAAUCUGUCCCUUACACCAGCAGGCAGUUUUCACUUUCCACAGAUGUGUUUGUUGUCGGAGAGCAGUGAGGGGCAGAGACGUCGCUCCUCUGAGAGCUGCGGUGCAUGUCGGGAUUUGAUUUCCUGACAUUUCCAGGAGUUUCGCGCUCCCAGGUUAAGAUCUAAAAGAAACGGGGGGAAGAAAAAACCUCGAGUGCUGUUUACUGAGCAUUCAAAUCGUUACAAGCUAGAUAAAAAAAGGUAUGCUGUUAUGAUUUAAAUUAAGCCCAUAUGCAGGUGAUGUCUGCCUGCUCGGGCAUGUUUCGGCUAACCAGUAGACCAUGUGCUUUUGUUCGAGCUCCUCACGUGUGGCUCACAUCAGAUAAACUGUAACUCAAUGCCUUUAUUUUCAUUUUUCUUUUGCCAGCCAUCUCUCUUUUUUUCUCACUUAACCUCCUGUUUUUGUAAGUGCCGUCAUGGUUCAUGAAAGGGUGACAGAGAGAAAGAGAGGGUGUGAGACAGCCAGAAACCUUUUGUUUCCAAAUUAGGCACUCCUCCCGCCUCACUAAAACUAACUGUUAUUGUAAAAAGUGCCAUAUGAAAUCCCACCUCAGUGCUGCCGCUUUGAAAUGGAUGCAGAUUUUAAAUCCCCGUCUGGCUUUUUCUUUCUCUCGCAUCUCCCCCUCCUGGUGAUGAAUCGGACCUCCCCCUGGUGAUCCGGCAGGGCGGUUCCGGCUGGUGGUGCAUUGAACCCGAAGCUCUGGUCUGAACCACAGAGAGAAGACAAACCCCCCUGCAGCCACAGCCUUCUGACUUUAAGUGGAACCAUAAUUACAUAGCCUAGUGUAUUUAUACUCAGCAGUGACUCAGUGGGACAUGUGGCAUGUGCUUGUGUGUAUGCAUGUGCACAAGAAAACCAGCCUUUUGUAUUCACAUGUAACUGGUUUCUGUGUGUGUGUGUCUGCCUGUGUGUGUAAGUGAAAGUCUACUGACUCAAUAAACUAACUGGGGAUAAAGUGAGGUGUGGAUCCACCUCAAUGUAGUUUGUUAUUUUUGCAGGAAAGAUCAUUAAAAGAGCCACUAUGUGACUCUUGGAAGUAGAAAAAUAGAAAAUGUGUGACGCCCAUAAAAAUGAUGUUCAUUAUUAUGAUGACGUACGAAUUAGAAGAAACUAUUAAGUGCAUGUCAUGCAGUGCAAGCGCCUUGCUGCUUUAAUAGGCCUGUUGCUAACAUGCACAAAAUUGAACAAGAUCAGAUGUUUGCAUGCUGUGUAUGAAUACAUGGAGCUUAUUAAUAAAAAAGCUUUUUAAAGCCUUUCCAAUGUUUGCUGUAAUGCAAAAUUGAGAACAUGAAGAGCAUGGCCUGCGAGUGAUAUGUGGGUGACUGCAGGCCAAUUAUAACAUUCUGGACUCUUGAUCAAAGAUCUCCCAUAAUGUAAAUCAGAGUUUUAUUGUAAAUAAAUUACUCUUUACAUCAUUCAAUGACUGAUCCCACAGACUGCACAUAAAACAUGGUUGUAUUGAACGCAGGGAUCUCGAAGUGAUCACAUCUGGAUGAGAGCGUAGCUAGCUUGAGUAGCAAAGCGAUUAGCAUCACACAGAUACUUGUGAAAGAAUGAUGCACAGAAACUAAACUGCUUGAAUUUCAUUCACCAAAACUGACGUGUAGACUUUGACUGACUGUUGUCCUGUCACUCAAUGUUGCAUAAUUUUACACCAUAAUGAAAUUUAAAUUGGUAAGUAGAGAUGUAGAGAAGGGAGACGUUAACUUCACAGUUAAGGAAGUAUCUUUAGCCUUUCCAGAUUUGCUUCAUUUUUCAGCCUUGCAUUUUCAACCUUACAUUGCACAAUAUCUUAACUUCCUGGGGUAAAUGUAACAUAUCUUCCUAACGCACAUGUAUGCAUCCUUGUGUGUUUGCACAAGAUUAACAAAAAAAAAGAAAAAGUGACCCACACGGAAGAGAAACACAGGAUAUCAUAUUAAAGUGCUAGAUGACACCGAAACGCUUUGAGUUCAUAUUUUAUAUUAACUGUGUUUUAUAUUUUUUGGUACUUUUAUUAGACAGGCCACUAUUAUUCACUCUUCUUGGGGUAUGUUUCUGCCUGUGAAAGUAACAGACUCGUUAAUUUAUCACCUCCUCAGUGAGUAUAAACUAUCAAAGCCUGCAGUGUGUGUGUUCUUGUUGGCAUAGUGCGACAUAUCCAGAGGGUACGGUGUUUUUUGCGGAUGACGGCCUUCUCCAGUCGAGUUGGAACUUGCCCCGCUGUUCGGCAGGUGAAACCUGUCUAACCUCAUCGGUAACGGAUGCUCGGCAGGUUAACAGUGACGACAACUGGAGGGGAACGUUGGCUGUCUGUAACAACAACAUGGUUACCUGUCUUCCGCUCUCGCACGUACCCUGGACGCCUGGCUGUUUGGUGAGAACUCACCCCUGACUGAUUUAGUGGUUUUUAGGUGUCACUGUGUUGUAUAUGGGUGGAUCCUCUGGGAAGGAGUGUGUCUGCACGUGAGAGUGGGAGUAUAGGCUUGACAAAGAGGUCAUAUUGACAUCCAGUAGCGACCGUGUUAUUUUCAGAGCUUUUACAACCACAGCAGCGCCCGUUGCUCUCCUUCUCUGUCUUUGGCAGCUUUUUUCCAUGUUCUCUCAUUAUCAUUCUCCCUCCUCUGUGUUUUCCCCUCCUAACUAUAAGAAAAAGCGAGUAGAAGACUAAGCAUAGCAGCCGCAAAUGUUUUUUUUCCUCUCUCUUUGUGCUGCAAAUUGGCCUCUUUCUCUUUUCUCUCUCUUUUUUUUCCAUCUCCCCUUUGAGUGGAGGGGAGGCGGUGGAGGCAGGGCUGGCUUUUGUGGAGUUUAGCAGCGGGACCAAAGCUCUGUCACUGUGUUUGUGUCGCUCACACACACAUAUGUGCAGCACACGUGCAGCACAGGAAGGAUCCAACGUGGAUUUAACCUACCAGCAGCAACCCUACAGGAGAUCUCUUCACCUGGACUGUUAACAGCUGACCCGCUCUCGGUUUUUCCCAACGUAUGGCUUCAAGAGUUCCGCUUUACAGUGCACAGGUGUUUGUUUACUGAUGACAGUCAGACCGGUUCAUGUGGAAGGAGUCAGUAACUGUCUGGAUACAGUCCGAGUAACAAAAACAAGGACUAAAGAGAAAGCAAAAGAGGAGAAGCAACAGAAAAGCAACAGAUCGAGUAGCUGAUGGUCGCUGUGAUAAAGUAAACAUUCGGGAUUAAGAUGAGAGAGAGAUGAAGUUUGUCUGGCACUAGAGGUAGAGAGGGAGGGUGAAAGGAGAGAGUGGGGGCAGUGGGAGGGAGGAGAGACAGAAGAUCCAGCCCUCUGGGACAGCAGUUGUGUGUUUUGGGGGGUGGACAGAGUGGCUUUGAAUGCAGAACAUCACUGGACACCGACAGGAGGGUUGCUGUCAGUUGGUCUCUGUGUGUGUGUCUGUAGUGAAACCAGACCUACCUCUGAUCCCUGCACCACACACACACUCUAUCUGCUGCCUUUUUCUUCCUCUGGUUUGAACCCCCCAAUAGUGCGGAUGAGGGUCUUGGAGAGCUGACCGAUGGAGGUCAGGAGCGUCAGGCUGUGAUGUGUAACUUGUUAGAUUAAACUUUCCCGAGGCUCAGCAGCAGCAGCAGCAAUGGACUGGAGCCAGGAGGCGUGAAGUUAAAUGACUGGAGAAUCGGAAAACACUAAAAGCAGCCACCCUGUCUUGGCUCGAUUGUAGGUCUGUGUCUGGACACCGUCCAGGACUUUGUGUUGGUGCUUGAGUGUGUGCAGCCCAUGUUGGUGGCGAGCGAUGCGGAUCUGACCAAACUCAGCGCUCCGAUGCCCGCUGCUAUGCUCCCGUGUCCUGCGCCAGCCGGGUCUGACUGGAGCUUCCAGAACCCGGUGGGGGUGGACUGCAGCUCCCCUGAACCUCGUUGCAUUUGGCUGGCGGUUCUACGUGGAGGCACGACCUCGGAGCCACCCACUUCGCCACCUGCCAUGCCUAUUGGGCACAGCCAGAGCUCUCAUCAGCCCAGGGCUAAGGGGCGGAGGGAUGGUUUCUCCUCAGCCGGUGACAACCCUCGGCCGCCGAUGGCGACCCGGCCGGGAAGGGAGGGGGUCGGCAUGGGCUGGAAGGGUCCCCGGACGCUGGUCCUCCAUAAGAACUCCCAGGGUUUUGGUUUCACAUUACGCCACUUCAUCGUUUAUCCUCCAGAAUCCGCUUUGCACACUAACCUCAAGGAUGAGGAGAACGGUAACGGAAAGGGGUUUCAGAAAGGUCAGUUGGAGCCAAUGGACACUAUAUUUGUGAAGAACGUGAGAGAAAAGGGUCCGGCCCAUCAGGCAGGCCUGUGCACAGGGGAUCGUCUGGUGAAAGUGAAUGGAGAAAGUAUUCUAGGAAAGACGUACUCACAGGUGAUCGCCCUCAUUCAGAACAGUGAGAGCGUGUUGGAGCUCUCCAUUAUGCCAAAGGAUGAAGAUGUGCUUCAGUUGGUAAGUGCGUACUCCCAGGAUGCCUACCUGACGGGUAAUGAACCGUACGCUGGGGGAGCUGAAAACCUUCCGCCGCCACCCCCCCUAUGUUACCCACGCUCCAAGACGACGUCGGUUUCUGGAGCUCCCCUCUCAUCCCCCAUGGGCCAGAACCAGCUGGAUAACUGGAGUCGCUGGCCAGGUUCUUCCAGCCCCUCAUCACCCUUGGACAACCGAUCUGCUGUGUGCAGCCCCGCCAGCUGGCAGGAGGGGCGGCCAGGCGAGCCCGGUGGUGUGGGUCACAGCAGUCCAGCCCACCGCACAGAGGAGAUCCAGUACGGUAUGACCAGCCAGCAGCCUCAGGGCCAGAUUAGGGGACGCUCCUACUCUUCGUCUUCCUCCUCCGGAGGCCCUUUGUCCAGCCCGCUACAAGUUCACUACCCAAACCACCAUGGUGCCAGUUCUUCACAGGCUCAGCCACGCAAGUCCAGCUCAGCCUGGACCAGUCCCCCUCAGCCACAGGUCAGCCACAGCCGCAGUGACCGCUGCCAGCAGGCCCUCUCUGACUGGUACUACAACCAGCAGCCGGAUCGCUCAGUACGCAAGAUGCAGACCCGCCAUCGGAGCUACUCUCAAGACCGGCUCAGUGAAUCAAGGAGGCAGCAGCAGCGUACAGGUGGCUGGCCACACAGCGCCUCCCAGGACACUCUGCUCUUACUUCAGCAGUCAGGACCCGGACCCCAAGGGGAGCCAUACUGGUCCUACGGAGACCACACUGCCACUAACUAUACUCGAACACGCUCUGAAAAUUUGCUCGCCCUCUACGACCACCAUGGUCGCUCGUUAGAGAUGUUGGACCGAGGAGCAGCUGGACUGGUCUCGCCUCGGAUUGACAGGCCCGCGUGGCUCCAGCAGGCCCCCAAGCCUCCCCCGAGGACUGACGCUUACCACAGGCAGGGCAACCAUUUUAGCGCAGCGCAAGCUCCUCAAGUGUCCCGGCAGUCACAGCCAACCUCUAAACACCACCCACAGACCCACACCCAGCCACAGCCGGCGCCCACUCAGAGCAGGCGGCUUCCUCCUGGACAGAGCGUGGACGACCAGCCGGUGGGCUACCGUAGCUACAGCCCAUCUUUUUACCGCAAAACAGGCCGCAUCCUGCAGCAGGCUCAUUCGUUCAGGGACCCUUCAUACUCUGGCCCCCACUUAAACUGGAACCCAGUACCUAAAACCAGCCCUCCAGAGGGGACGCCAGCACCUCCCACUGCCUCCACCACAACUCCAGUUGCCUCCGCCACGCCUGAAUCCCAGGACAGAGGGUACAGGCCAACAAACCACGAGAGGGAACGAGGGGCAGUGGAAGGGCAGGCUGAAUUGGUGGCACAGACCCAGGAAGUGGUGAUGAGGCAGAAACCCCCCACGGGGCGGAGGAAUGUACAGGGUAUGCGUCACCCUCACUAUGCCCUGCCUUUGGAUGGGCUAGAACCCUCUUUGUUUUCUCCUGAUCCCAAAGACUCAGCCCCAGCUCCCGGUUCCACAGGAGAUGUAGCCUCAGGCAAACCAAAUGGAAACCUUGCUCCCCUCCCACUAGAGGAUGACUCUCUGGCCUCCAUCCCCUUCAUAGACGAGCCAACCAGCCCCGGCGCCGAUUUGCGCGCCCGGCACGUGCCGGCGUCCUCCGUUGUCUCCAGCGGCAUGAGUUCAACGCCCGCCGUGGUCAACAGCCCCGCAUCCCCCACCUUCACCUUCCCCCUCACUAGGCUCUUCUCACACGACUGCAGCAGUAUUAAAUCCAGUCGCCGUUCCUCCUAUGUUCUAGCCAUCUCCAGCGAGCGCUCCAAGUCAUGUGACGAAGGACUCAACACGUUCAGAGAGGACGGACGAUCCUUUAGGAGGCUUCCAAAAAGAGUGAAGAGCUUCUUCACAGAUGGGUCUCUGGACAACAUCGGGACAGCGGAGGAGGUUCGGUCGAAACGUCACUCCACCUCGGAGCUGGGAAACAUCACUUACAGCGAUGUAUGGCGAGAAGGAUGGCUGCACUACAAGCAGAUCCACACCGAGAAGGGCAAGAAGGUAGGCAGCGCCAUGCGUCCGUGGAAGCGCGUCUUUUCGGUUCUUCGCUCCCAAUCGCUGUUCCUCUACAAGGAUAAGCGGGAGGCGGUGCUUCGCGGAGCCACAAUUGGAGGUUCGGCCGAGGAUGAGCAGCCGAUCAGCAUCCAGGGCUGCCUGGUGGACAUCGCGUACAGCGAGACCAAACGAAAGCACGCCCUCCGGCUGACCACCCAGGACUUCUGUGAGUACUUGCUGCAAGCGGAGGACCGGGAGGACAUGCUGAAUUGGAUAAAGGUCAUCGGGGAGAACAGCAAGAUAGACAACGAGGAGCUCGGCUUUUCCAGGCAGGCCCUCAUUAAUAAGAAGCUUAAUGACUACAGAAAACAAAGUCCAACUGUCAUCAAGCCAGACUCCUCUCCCAAGUUGUCCCGUAUGAAGCCUCCCUUCCUGCUCAAUAAGACGGAGAACGCUGCUGGAGCGCCACGCUCGCCCAAACCAGAAGGCAAAGAUGAGAGCAGCCCUCCCAAGUCUCCAUGGGGAAUUAACAUCAUGAAGAAAGCAAAGAAAGCUGGGCCCAAAGCUUUCGGUGUGAGGCUGGAGGAAUGUCAACCUGGUACAAAUAACAAGUUCGUUCCAAUGAUUGUGGAGAUCUGCUGUGGCCUCGUGGAGGAGAUGGGUCUGGAAUACACCGGCAUUUACCGAGUCCCAGGGAAUAACGCCAUGGUGUCGCUGCUCCAGGAGCAGCUCAACAAGGGCGUGGACAUCAACCCUGCAGAGGAGAAGUGGCAGGACCUCAAUGUCGUCAGUAGCUUACUCAAAUCCUUCUUCAGGAAACUCCCAGAGCCACUCUUCACCAACGACAAGUACAACGACUUCAUCGAUGCCAAUCGGAUGGAAAAUGCAUCCGACAGACUGAAGACCAUGAAGAAGUUGAUCCGCGACCUCCCAGAUCAUUAUUACCACACUCUCAAGUUCCUGGUUGGUCACCUGAAGACUGUAGCCGACAACUCGGAUAAAAACAAGAUGGAGCCUCGUAACUUGGCUCUCGUGUUUGGGCCGACGCUGGUUCGGACGUCUGAGGACAACAUGAAAGACAUGGUCACUCACAUGCCCGACCGCUACAAGAUCGUAGAAACGCUCAUACAACACUGCACCUGGUUUUUCACUGACGAGCUAGACAAGGAUGAGAAGACACCAGUGGACACGGAGGACGUGCAGCCCGCCCCCAACAUCGACCACCUGCUCUCCAACAUCGGCAGGACCGCUCUGCUCGGCGAAGCCUCGGAUUCAACCAACAGUGAUUCAGCGAAAUCAAAGGGGUCAUGGGGGUCAAAGAAGGACCUCACAGCCAAGGAAUUCCUGGCUCUGUCCAUCAUGUCAGCGGUUACUGGCCGCAAACGCAGGAAGCGCCAUAACGCCCGCCGCGUGGGCAGCAGCACCGACGACGACUCUGAGCAUGAGCCGAUCAAAGCUGGACAUUUAGGGGCAGGAGAGGAAGAGGAGGUGGAGUCGCCAGUAGGAGACACUGCUCCUCGAGCAGAGGGAGAGGAGGAUGAUGACGAAGAGGAAGAAGAGGACGAGGAGGAGGAGGAGGAUGAGGAAGUUGUAGAGAGCAGAGUGAAAGAGGAGCGACAAGAGGAGCCGGCCGUUAAACCCAAUCGGUUGUCCUGCAAAGUGGAAGAGGAGGCGGGAGGAAGGCAGGCAGCCAUGUUAAACGAGGAGGAGGAGGUGCAGGCGGAGGUGAAGGGGCCUCAGUGGCGAGCUCCAGAGGAUGCUCGAUCUAUAGUUUCAGGUUACUCCACCCUCUCUACUUUAGGGCGGAGCUUGGGAUCUGAGGGGAGGGGGGACGAUGCUGAUGAUGAACACAGCGAGCUGGUGAGCGAGACAGAUAAUGAGAGCGGCUUCGCCUCGCGCUCUCUUACACAGGAGAGACCCGAUAAACACCCGGCGCCACCUGUAAACACGCAGCUGCUGGCGCCGCCGCGAAGCUUUCUCUACACACACUACAAAAGCCCCACUCUAUCAACCAGUAACAUUCUCACCCCACCCACUUCCCUCACACAGACACCAGACUCCGCGGAGAGGAGCGACGGAGGGGCCCGUUCCACCACACCUUCUUCCUCCUCCUUCUCGUCCUCCUCCACCACUCACAGACUGCACUCGCGGCCUUCCUUUAACUCCCACAAGCUGAUCCAGUGCGACACUCUGGCCAGGAGGAAGCUGAAGUCUGAGAAAAACAAGACUCGCUCCCUGGACCUGAUGGAGUCUCCCGAGGGCACGGCUCCAUCCGAGGGCUCCGGCUCAGGAACGGAAGGUGCACCCACAGCAAAGAGGGAUACCUCCAGAACCAACACUUCCUCAGGCAGCAGCCAGGAGAGUCUGCGCCCAGCCCGACCCAAGCCUGCAGUGCUGCCCAGCGAGGCCGCUUCCUUCACUCCGACCGGCCCGGGCGGGAAGUCGCUGGCCGAUCAGGUCCGCGCCCGACUGCUAGGCUCAGCUGACAACCUGCACCGCGUCGGACUGCGGAAACCACCGUCACCCGAGACGCGCAGGAAGAAGCGGGCUUGGCGCAGACACACUGUGGUGGCUUCCCCGACUGAGAUGUCCGAUAAGAGACCCCAGCUGAUUGUCAGCGAUUUCCCCUUAUCUCCUAACAAUCAAAACCAGGUCAAAACACAAGGGCUGCCUCGGGAUGCAGAAGGGCGUGACCAAGGACCCGCUACACGUCAAGCACCCACCUCCAAUUUCCACCAGUACCUUUGAACCCUGACCCCAACCACCGCUCCAAGAAAAGAGGCCAAAGCUGCUGAUUCUCAGUUUGUGCGUAAGGAUGGGGGAGUGGAUGUCCAGCUGAGCUGCUGACGGCCUGCAGGUCAGUAAACUGGCAGCAGUACAAACAGGGAUGUGGUUGGUGGACAGGUGAAAAACGGCCCACCUUAUUUGUUGUUGUUGUUUUUUUUUUUUACUUUUCAUUGAGCUCCAUUUGCAUGGCAGGGUGCGUUCCAGUGUUGCCAAAGCUUUCAUUUUCUUUUUCCUUUAAGUGUGCUCUUAUAGAAAUGAUAGGACAGAGACACAAACAGACGUCAUCACGGUCGACGUAAGAGCCAAGAAUUCUGAUUCGAGUAACAACUGAGCAUCCCUCUUGUCUUCUCUUCCUUCCUGUCUGGAUCACAGAUGACGUAAAUUAAACGUUUAAUCGACCAGACGAGGAUGCUGAAAUGCAGCUUCUACAGUUAUUUAAAAAAAUUUUAAAAAAAUCAUAUAAAACCAUUUCAGGAGGGCAAACAACUGAUUCUUCAUAUCAGUCUUCCUAACGUUUCCCCUCUGACCAUUCACACUGUAAAACUCCACCAAACUUCAGCUCACAUGAAAUGCAGUUGUCUCCCUCUACUUGUUAAUAAUGUUUAUGUGUGUUUGCCCAAAAAUAUUCGUGACCAUGUCUAAACGUGCAGGUGUUUGUGUUAAACGAUUUUUGUAACAUUUGUACAAAGCCUUGUUAAGUUAACCCUGUAAAUAUAAAUAUUAUGUUAUAAUAUUUGUUUGUACUUUUUUUUUUUUAGGUCUUUUUUUUAAGGUUUACAAAAGUGCAAAUAAGUGCACAGUCGUUUUUUUGUUUGGUUUUGUUUUCAAGAUGUUACUUGAAAUGUUUCCCUUAAUAUAUUAUUUGUUUUUGUUUUAUAUUCAAUAUAUAUAUAUAUUAAAUAUAUAUAUUUUGUAUUAAAGUAAAAUUUAUUGCAAUUUCACCUCUUGGGUGUACCUGUUUAAAGGAGACGAGAUAAACACGACUAAACGUAUUCCUUAUUUCCUCAUAGAUGGCCUUUCUGAUUCACAGCACUGUGCAGGAAACCUUUAUCUCACGAGAUAAGUCUUAUAAUAAAGAUUAUCUCAUGGCUAGUUAGACAAAAUGUACACAACACUCUGUAGUAACAACAUGUAGCAAGUUCUGAAUUUUAAUCAGGUAAUUAUUACGUGAUAUCGGACAGUUUGCAGACAGCUGAUCAUGCCGCCAGGGCUUCAAGUCUGGCAUUACUGAGCAUUGCCUCAACAGAUCAGCUCAUAUUCACUGAACACAGGAGCUCAAAAGAAGAUGCCUGACAGUGUUUAACAGACUGGUGUAGGAUUUUUUUUUUUAUUUUUUUUUUGGUGUUUUCAGCACACAAGGUCAGGUUCUAAUAAAUCUUCCCUGAGUGGGGAAAUGGUACGUUGGAGGAAAUGAAAAAAGAAGAACAAGAGUCUGUUGUUUCUGUCUCGUCUUGACCGCAGAACCAAUUUGCAGUAGCGAAAAAAACACGACCCGAGCGAGAGGUGCAAACUCAGAAGUCACAAAAGGCUUGCUUGUUUCCCUGCGACCAAAUAAUAACCCAGUGAAAGAGAAGAAGAAUGAUAAUAAUAAAUAGGUUCUAGUCUCGUCUUACCUCAAGGUUUUUUUCUACAAGUGCCUGAUUUCUGGAAUGUGUUUUUGUUCUGCAGUGCCAUGCUCGGUUCUUAUCCUUCCAUUUCCUUUUGUUAUUUCUGGGUCUCCUCCCCUCCUCUGCUGUGGUUGACGGUAUAAUUGAGGCACUGACCCAAAGAUGUGUACAUUAAAUACAAGCAGUCUAACAGAGAGGCUGUACAAAACAAAAUAAAAGAAAGAAAGAAAAGUAAAGCACACUUCAAGCCAAGGACACUUCUAUGCACUCCCUUUGCCUUUAACAGAGGAGGGGAAAAGCAUAGUAUUCUCUCAGCUGCUUCUUUUGUUUUUUUUUUAUAAACAAACUGAGGUCACCUCUCUAUGCCUAAUAAUCCACAGUGUGUGAAUAAGGUACACCUAACACACCCCCACCCUACAACUGCAUUAGGUCAUGCCAGACAGCAUCCAGUUUCCUAAAGAUGAACAAAAACCUCAUCAAAGGGAAACGUCGACAGUCUGAAAUGUGAUUUUACCUUUUGUGUCGUUGUUGUAUUUUAAAAGCGUUUCUUUUUUUGUACAUACUAUCUUAAUAUGUAACAUAUUGUAUUGUGUACAUUUGGAAUUGCUUUCGAGUAUGACUAAUAUGAAAAAUGACUGGACUAAAAGAAAAAAACAAAUAAAACAUGGUUGUCCGCCUGAACUCA